GGAAAUACAAAAAUAUUGAUUGCUUCGACGAAAAAAAUGCUUCGAAUAAGAAGAGGGAAUUAAAAACAGGAAAUCAAACCGAUCGUAUUGUUCAUUAGAUCCUGAUGUUUUUUAUCGUAAACAUCCUAAACUGUAUUCCCUGUUUGUCCCUGAACCUGUAAGAGUGGCUUUUUUUCCGUACUGAGCGUAUAUAAGAACUGACGACGUCCUAUCACAAAGCGCAGUAUUAGAUUACCACCUCGACGUUAACACGAACCUCGUGUUAUUUACAAACUUCGCCGGUGCUUUUAUAUUCAGUGACUAAUUAAAUGUAAAAUCGUGUUCGUUUUCGAGACGAUAUUAUUAUUGAAAUUUUGGAGAAACCGGUUUCAAGCACGCAUAAAACAGAAAUUAAAUAUUCAUCAUCAUGGAAACCGCGUUGUCCACGAAUAUGGAUAAUUCUGCUCUUAUCGAUGUUGGCAAGAGUCAGACCAACUUCGCAAAAAAAAUGCCAAAAAUGGUCAAGUACACGCUUGCGGAUUCAACGAACGACGAAAGAAUUAGCAUGGACUAUCAUAUUCAAAUAAUCACCAAAGAUGAUAAGCUUAGAAUACUUAAAUUUCUGAGAAGAUUCUUCUUCAGAGAUGAACCGCUUAAUCAUUCGAUUGAAUUAAUACCAGAAAGCGAGGAUAGUACUUGUCUCGAAUUGGAAGAAUAUUGUAGCAUGUCUUCCCUUGAAAAUAAUCUCAGUCUUAUGGCAGUCUCAACGAACGGUGCUAUAAUAGGUGUUAUAUUAAAUGGAAAGAUGGAUCCUCCAAAUGAUGAAGAACCAGAAUAUAUAACUACAUGUGAAAACGCAAAAUUUAAAAAAAUUCUAAGAUUAUUAAAUUACGUAGAUCGAAAUGUAAAUCGCGAUGGAAAAUUUCGGGGAUUAAAUAUUUUGGAAAUCAGAAUAAUCUCUGUAGAUUCAAACUGGCGCGGUAAAGGGGUUGCCAAAGCGCUUAUAGAAAAAACACUUGAAAUUGGAAAAGAGAAAGGCUUGCAUAUUUGUCGUGUCGACUGUUCGUCCUAUUUUUCCGGAAAACUUUGCGCGCGACUUGGUUUUGAACAAAUAUAUGAACUUAAUUAUGCAGAUUAUGUAGAUGAAGAUGGUAAUCCUAUAUUUUCUCCAGCAUUUCCACAUACAGCAAUUGUUACGUACAUUAAGAAACUGUGAACACGAUAGACAUAGAAUCAAGAGUACCUGUUUAUAGAGAAUUGAAAAUGAUUUUUAAAAAAACGCACUUUUACAUUUACAUUUUAUUUUUCUUUUUCGAAUUUACGAAAAUGUUGUACAGUUAUUUUUUUCUAAUGUUUCUUUAAUUUAUUUAUUACUUUUGU